CGAGGCUCCACUCACUCGAAUCGGAAGUAUCUCUCAAAAAGCAAAACCAACCCAAACAAAAGGGCAGUGUGUAACUUCCAGAGGGACAUCGCUUCACAAAAACUUCCGGACUAUGACGAAACGGUAAUCCAAAUCCAGCCCAGCCCCAAGCAGUAUUUAAAUUCGGCAAUUAAGCAACGAGAUGGAUAAUGUGAAAUUAACAUAUUGCCCGAUCCAGAAGCUAAACGAUUUAUUGCCAAGUGCUUACACACGCAGUUUCGAUGACAAAUUCGUUGGUAUUUCGAGCUGGCGGCGGCGCUAACCAGAAAAUAAAGCAGGCGGAGCAAACCCGAGAGUUCAUAUAAAUUAAAAGUCGCGGGCGCGAUUUAAAACGCCUCAAACGCUGCGGCAUUGUGUUGGUGUCUGGGCUUCUGCGCGGUCAAACAUAUAUUCGUACAAUAGCCCCACGGCACAAUACACACGGAAUAAUAGAAAUAAAAAGUGCUACGGUGACGAAAGCGUUUAGCGAUAAUGGAACGAUAAAAGAGCCGGACACUCAUGCCUUUUCGACUUUUUGACUUUUGCAACGACAUAUUCCCCGCAGUCGGGCCAAAGAUAGUGCACGAAGACAGUCGCGUGUGACCCCGAAGAAGUCGAAAAUCUGAAUAUUAAACAGCGCCUAUCAGCAUCGUAUUUAGCCCUCGGUAAACAGAAGAUAUUUGAGGCCCUACACUGGGAGAAACCCGUGCAACCAGCAGGUCCGAGUGGAGCGAAAACCCGUUCAUCGCGUCCGUGAGUUAGCUAGUUUCGGGCUAAUUAAAAGCACACAAGAGCAAGGCGAGACAAAGCGAAGAGCGAUCUGGUGGGACUGUUGACUCCCAAAAACCGAGGCGAGACCGCGGAAACAGGCCCAAGCGGAGUCGGAGAAUCCGAUCCCCUGACAGAUUGCACGGCUAUAAAGCCCGGCCACCAAAAUGCCGCGUUCGCAUUUCACUCGGAGGCAUUGUCUAGCGAUGACGGGCGGAUUGAUUGCAUCGGCGGUUCUAAUCUGGUGCGUCGCCCACUCGGCGGUCGAGUCGGCGGCCAAGCUCUACGAUCCCGGCGCUGAUAAGUCCACGCUCGAGCUGCUGCAUGUGGUGUUCCGACAUGGACCACGAACGCCGGCGGAUACGUAUCCAAGGGAUCCCUAUGUAAACGAGACCUACUACCCCUUUGGCUGGGGACAAAUAACGAAUAAUGGCAAACGCGAGCUGUUCAACAUUGGUACUUGGCUGCGUAAGCGUUAUGGCAAAUUUCUGGCGCCCAACUACAGUCCUGAUUCGGUCCACGCUCAGGCGACGGGUGUUCCGCGGACCCACAUGACCAUGCAGACCGUUCUGGCCGCCUUCUUCCCGCCGAAGGGCACCGACAUGGAGUGGAAUGGCCGGUUUAAUUGGCAACCAAUACCUGUCUUCUCCCAGGAACUCAAUGAGGAUACGUUGCUGCUGGUGCGAAAGCCCUGCCCGAGGUAUUUCGAGGCCCUGAAUGAAGUCUACGAGCUGCCGGAGGUGAAAGCGGAAAUCGCACCCUACCUGGAGAUGUACAAGGAGCUGGAACAGCACACCGGACUGAGCUUCAAGGAGCCCGAGGACGUGCAGUCGCUUUACUUGACUCUGCUCGCAGAGCAGGAGUGGGGUCUGGAACUGCCUGAAUGGACGCACUCCUACUUCCCGGAAAAGCUCCAGUUCCUGGCCGAACAGAGCUACGUCUACAACGUCUACACGCCCGAGAUGCAGAAGAUCAAGGGCGGUCCGUUCCUCAAGAAAAUGCUCGAUGAAAUGCAGCAGAAGAAGAACGGAACCCUGAAGCCCAGUGGCAGGAAGCUCUUCAUCUACGCGGGUCAUGACUCGACGGUGGUGAACGUUCUCGCUGCCCUGAAGGUGUGGGAACGCCAGAUGCCUCGCUACUCCUCGAUGGUCUUGUUUGAGCUGCACAAAAACAAGGAAACCGGCGACUACUGGGUCGAGAUCUACUUCCGCAACGAUCCCAAAGGCCAGGCUCAAAAGCUCACGCUCCCGGGCUGUGAGUUCCAAUGUCCCCUGGACAGGCUACUGGACUUCGCCAAGGACGUUCUUCCCACGGAGGCGGACGACAAGCGGUGCGAGUCCCGAAACCAAGCCUUCACGGAACCACCGCUCCGGGGGCCAUAAGAACCGGAAUUUGGUGGACAUAGAAGAAUCACAAAGGUGCUACACAUCUCAGGGAGUCGGGCUGUCAACAGUCCACGAUAAAGCUGUAGUUUUCUAGUUAAGUCAGUCGUUUAGCUUAGACCGAAUAAAUAUAAGUUUACGCGUUGUUUGUCAGUUAAUAACUUAUUGAAA